AUGUUCACGCUGUGCGUGUACUGCGUGGAGCGCGGCGCCGAGCCCCGCGCCUGGAGCGUGGAGCGCAGCGAGCACGACUUCCAUCUGCUGCGGAGCAAGCUGCAGGAGUUCCACGGCGAGCGCCUGCUGCAGGACCUGCCGCUACCCUCCAGGAGAGACAACAGCCCAUUGGAAACGCUGCGCUACAAAUACGAAGACUUCCUACAGCGCGCUCUAGAAGCACCUCUACUCCAGAGCUCCGCACUGCUUCGGCUGUUCCUCUCUUGCACGGACUUCGCUCUCGCGGCGGCCGCUGCUGCUUUGAAUGGACCAGACAUUGGGAACAUGGUCACGGCGGUUACGCAUAGGUUGAGGAAGGAAAAGGGACAACAUUUGGAGUCGUUUCUGAGGAAUUAUCUACUGUCUGCUGAUUUGGAGCGAUAUCAAGCGCUAAAGCAAGGCGCGGGCGUAGAAGAGGCCCAAGAAGUGAGCGAAGACGUGAGCAAACGGCCGCGCCGCCGCGACAUCAGAGAAUCGGUAUUUGGCAACAAUUUCGAUGUCGAACCCAGCGGGGAACUCAUCGAUGGCAGCUAUCAAGACAAAGUUAGGGGGUUCACGCAGUGUCUUAUGUAUUUAUUAAUAAAAGUGAUCCACGCACGCGGCUGGGUCGUGCACGUGGUCGGCGGAGCGGUCGCGGCCGCGCGGCGCGCCGCGGACGACGCCGCGGAGCAUUGGCUCAAUAAAACACUUGCUACUAGUUUGUGUGAACGACGGCUGGCGCAUCUCAUCAGGCUAGGGCAUGACAUAUUAUUCGGCAAGAGAUCCAUCCCGCCGCGGCUGCCGGCGGCCGAGCAGCGUCAAGUAGCGCUCUGGCAGCUGCGCCGCGCCCCCGCGCCCGCCGCCGCGGCCGCGCUCGGGCCCGGCGCCGCGCAAGCGCUAGAUAAGGCGUUUGAGCUGCUGCAGCGGCCGCAGCUUAACAAACAGUUGGUGUACAAUCUUCUCGAUCUAUGUAUAAUGGAGCUGUUCCCGGAAUUAAGUGCCACAGAUAACACAUCACCGAACGAACCAAAGAGUUGAGGCAGUGUUGUAAACUAUCUAAAUUUUAUAUUUAUAAGUACCAUCUUAGGUUGGUAUUCCAUCUGUCCAAUGUGUAUUUGCGUGGCAUGGCCUACACGAUGGGCCAACGCCAGCCACUCCAAGGGACGCAACCAUGCGGUAGAAUGAGAUAGCAAUAUCACUUGCUCCCUCUAACGCAUAAUGCGACCCUUGGAGUGGCCUGCGUUGGCCCAUUGUGUAGAGGAGCCAUAAGAUUUUGCUUAAUGAGAGAGUGAGACGCAAUGCACAUUGGACAAGCGGAAUACCACCUUAACUCCCUUUUAAAUGGGCUAUUCUAUUUAAAGUUGUACUACACUUUCUUUUUUAAUUUGGAGAUUUUAAAUUAUUUUUCUACUUAAAAUCACAAGCUCUUUUAUUAUUUACUUUUGAUCCAAAUAGGACAAUAUACUUUUCUUUCUUUUUAUUCCGUUGCCGUCAUACAAAGUCUAUGAAAAAUGGUAAUUAAAUGGAAAUAAAAAUCUUGAAACAUUUAUUCUCCUUUUAAGAUUGAUAAAGCUUAUGAUUCUGAGUAGGUAGAAAUAACAUUAUACUUUCCGAAUGAAAAAAGGUGUAGUGUAAAGUCCGUAUCAUAAGCUAGACUGCCACCGAUUUGAAUAAAACAAAGUGGAAAGAUGUCGUUAUAAACGUCAAAUUAUCAUAGAAAGUCAUAAAUGAUGAUAUUGCCACACUUUGUCAUUGGGAAUACCAUGCCUAGUUAGCUUGGUCCGCUACCACUUUAAAUAAAAUGGCCCAACUGACUAUUCAUGAGCCUUAUUGCAAAGAAAUAAGGCCCACGAAUGGUCAAUUAGAAGUGUUGGUAUUAGUAUUAUUGAUACGUCCGAUGCAUUUUUUGUAAAUUGCAAGUACAUACAUGUUUAACUAGUGAUAAAUUGAUAAUCACUUUAUUUUGUUUAACCUUUUCACGGCUGGUGGCAAUAAUAAUCAUUAGCAUUUUGAUUUUGACAGCUAUAAAACGCAAUAGUAAACUUUAUUAGAAUGUGUUAAGCUUCAUGUAUACUACCCGACUGUGAAAGUCAAGGGGUUAACUCAUUUUCAGGUGUUUUUUCGUAAGUAAAAAGUUUCUGUUAGUUAAGUAAUUAUAGGAGUUGCUUUUUACUUUAAAACACACCAAAAACCAGCGGGUAUUAUAAAUAUUUUAAAUAAUAUUCAUUAUUUAGUUCGCAUAGCGGUGAAAAGGUUAAUACUUUGAAAACUUAAUUGUGUGAUUUAUUGUAUUGUAAGGUAUAAUUUUCAAUCGCCACAUUAAUUUUGAUUACACCAAGGUUAGCACAAAUGACGCCGCGACACCUAUCACACGCUAGAUAAACCACAGUUUAAAAUGUUUCAAUACAGGUCAGGUAGUUUUUUUUUUUAUAUGUACCAAUCGCGGUGUCGCUUUUGCUAGCCAUACCCUCCUAGGGCCUAUAUAGGGUCUUUUAACUUAGGGAAUUUUAACUUUUUUUUUAUAUUUUUUUUUUUAUUUGUGUGUGUUUAUUAUGUUUUAAAUAAAGAAAAACAGGGUUUGCAUUUCUUUGAUUUCGUUCGAUUUGUAAGCAAUUGAAAUUCUACCUUAUUUCCUAUGCUAUUGAUUUCAAAUUGACUUUUUUUUAUAAAUAUUGGCCUUAGGGGGACACAGGUAAUGUUUAUGCAGAGAUUGUUAAUUCUAAUACUUGUAAAUAAUAAUGAUGUAUUAUACUAGAUUAUUAUAUUUUUAUAACAAUGAAUUCUUAUAUUUAUUCUUGAUUGAGGUUAAAAACAUGAAGAAUUAAUUCAUGAAAAUAAAAUUGUGGACAUGGAAAUGGUUGAAUUAAAAUAUUUUCAUAUAA